UCUACGUAAAAUACAAGUGAUAUAAGUAAAAAACAAAUAUGUUUUCUUCGAUAACAAAAGUUUUGCCAGUGUUGAGUAUAUUGAUUAAUUCGAUCGAGGCUCAGUACCAGUUCGUUGGGAACGCUUCUGCUACGGAAUCAUCGAGCAAAAUAGAGUCUACCCUUCGACCGGAAAUGACGCGGCCUCCAGAACCCAUAUUGCAUCAUCCGCCUCCACCAACCAAUCAUUAUCUUCCCGUACCUCAAAGGACAUUCAUUCAUCACAGAAGCGACAGCGUGCCUUACGUGUACGAUCAUCCUUAUUUCGGAUAUCCUGUGGCGCAUUCUAUCGAUUAUCCCGUUGGACCAACCUCCAAGCAGCUCAUAAUCGUUAGCUUCAUCGGUUUGUUAUUGCUGUUCGCCGUAAUUCAGAAUACGAUCGCGACCGUGAAGAGGAGGGACUUGACGGAUGUGUUAUCGGCCAGGAGGAAGAGAGAGCUCUACACAGCUUAUGGCUAUAAUUCUGUGACACAGGAACAGGAGGAAGUCCUCAACGAGGAUGCCAGGAUACGUUGCAUACAGAGGACAGUCUGUCUGGAAAAUCGAAAGCUGUUAAAAGCAUUUGGUGCGGCUGGUAAAGUACUGGCAAAGUACUUAACACGGAGCGUUGGAAAAUCUCUGAGAUCAACUUCCGGUUGGGAUCGUCUGGUGGAGGACGCCGGAGAGGCUGGGAUACGCGGAGAGAAUUGCGAAGUACUUUACAGGGAUUGUGAUCAACCUCCUUUGAAGGAUUGUCGACAGACGGGAUCGUUGCAAAAUCCACGCAAAGAAUGAGUAAAAUUGGAAAGAAAAAUAACUGUUAAACAAUAAAAUGGACUACGGAAAUAUGGUCGAAUGGACGGUACACUUUAGUUACAUUACCACAAACGAAGAUAGAUGCGUGGAUUUAACGCUUGAUGAGAACAAUGCAUUACCAUGUCACGCAGUACAUGGUGAACACAACACAAUGUUACGCGACAUAUGGCAAAUGCAUCGUCUUGUCAAUACAAUACAUAGGGUAAAUGUGUUCCGAGAUCGGUGCGAAAUGUAGCAGUAUAACGAGAGUCUAUUGUAUCCCAUCCUAUUCAAUUCAUAAAUUCGAUCUUUUAUUACUAAUUAGUUUUUCAAUCUACACUAACAACUAGCUAUUUUAAAAAUAUAAAUGGUGAAACUAAAAUGUGGAAAAAUGUUUUGCCUUUCAAAGAUGGAAGUGUAGAGGAAAUUGGAAUUUUGGUGGACGAAUAAAAAAGCGACCGGUAUUAAUGACUUUUAAUUUUAAUUACAAUAUGCUGUGUUUUUUUUUCCUUUAUCUGCUACAAACAUCGACAUCUAGCCUGAACUAUUUUAAGAUAGCAGUCCGCUCUCUAUACACGCUCCAUUUAUACUCGCUCCAUCUCUCCAGUCGUUCUCUCUCGUCGUUUGAAUUAUAAAAAAAUAUCAAAUCACGAACAGAAUGGAGACAAACGGUCACCACCUACAGCGCUCCUCUUUUUUUAAAUCUUGUUCUGUCUGUCAUAUACGUCUUUCCAAUGUAUGCCUGCUUCGUUCCUCGUCAACAUACUCUACCGUCGUUUCUUUCUCUUGAAUCCUAUCGUGUCGUUUCCAUUUUCUUUUUAUUCGCGUCACAACUAAUUAUACAGUAACGCUAUCCAUUAUUUAUCGAUAGAACAUUAAGGCAUUACAUAUUUAUAAAUUUUCUUCGCGUUCACUCGCCGCUAUACAGCAAAUACACCACGCUAAACUCGUAAACUUAUGCUUAAAUAGACGUGAGAUCGCUCGUUGCAAAUAGUCCAGGCUUAUUUUUAUGUUUUUUUUUCCGUCAGAGAAACAAAAUACACAAGAGGAAAAGAAGAAAGUCGCGUGAGACACGCUCGCGAAGCCGGACCUCCCGGAAGUGGUCUUUCGUUAACUUCGUCCUCCGUCGAACGGACACGAUUGUCGCGUUCUCUCUAAAAUUUCAGCUAAGUUCGCAAAACGUAAAAGAAUCGAGAAAGAACGAAUUCUAUCGAAGACCACCCGGUGUACCAAAUUUCUCUCUCUCUGUCUCUCUUCUCUUCACUCGCAUUCCCUUGUCGACACACGCACACGCACGCACAUGCACACGCACGCGGUUAUCAUUCGGUUAUCACUUGCACGCAGUUUAAAGGUCCUGAUAAUUAUCGCGUCGUCAAUAAAUUAGACACAUUUGUCGAGGCAACGUAGUUUUUGCACAACAGGCAGUCGGUUCGCGAAAAACAUUUCGAAACGCUUCAAAUGCUUCUCGCGACAGAUGCGAACGAAUCGAACGUCGCAGCAUUCAAUGACAAUGAGCAAAAAGGCUUUUCCUGUACUUUUCGUGUAGCACGAUCGAUCGAUCGAUCUAGUGAUCGGAGCUGUAUGAUUGACGCGUCCAAUACCGUAAUAAUUAACGUCCGCUAAUUUCAGAAAAUCAUUUUCGCAAUUUUCUAUUCUUCGUUAUACCCAACAAUAGGUUAUAUCGUGUUAAAUAUUGCGGGGACCGAUAUUGGUCCACAUAGUAAUAUUGUAAUAAACUAAUGACGACAAAAAUUAAACUCUAUAACUAUAAAAACAUGACGGAAGGUUCUAAUAUAAUCGAGUAACUAAAAAAAUUCCAAGUAACAUCAAUAUUAUAAUAAUUUGAAGAGGUAACAAGUGGAAAGUUUCAAUCGAGAAAUGAAACUAAAAAGCUUGUCGGUUCGAACAGAUAAAAGAAUUUAAAGCGUCCACGAAAUACAAAUAAAUUCGAUUAUAAAAACAUGUUGAUCGAGUGAAACUCGGUCGCGUCUUUGGACCGAUCGAUCCUCGUGUCAAGUUAUACAUUAAAACAGACUCGACCCGAAAAAGCGUCGUUCAGAUACAAUGAAACAAACAAUUUCACGUGCGAAGAUAUUCACGUAAUGACAGAGACAAGUCAAAUAAAAAAUCAAGAGGGUAAAACAAAACAAGAAACUCUUUGAAAAUAAAAAAACAAAUUAUAUACUAGACGAGAUAAAACGACGUUUAAAAAAAAUUAACGCGCGCCGAUAUUAAAACACGUUUCUUUUUGCUUUCGAUUCGCUUUAUUAGCAUCGUGACCGAUCGAAGUAUCGGUGCGAUUUAAAUAAAAAAAUUCUAACACGAGAAUAGGUAGGUGGAUAAACCGUUUGUCACGAUCCAAAUCCAGUCAAUCGAUCGAUCGCGUAAUUGUAUAAUAUAGAUCGUCUUCCCUAUCGUAGAAAAAACUGAAUCCACAAUUAUGUCGACUAACACGACAUUAAUCAAUUAAACUAUCGAGCCGAUAUAAUAAUAAUAAUAUUAAUAUUAAUCAUUAAUUAAUAAUAUAUACAACAUUCUAUACGCUAUGUACUCUUUUUUUGUCCUUGUCUCAUGCUCGGAACGUGGCAGGUGCACGAAGAAAAAAGAAACAAAAAAAAUCAUUCGUAUUACAAUAAAAUAGAGAAUAGUUACAGCACACGACGAUAGCAGUUGAUGAAAAGCGUAUCUCACAGCAAAAGGAAAGAAACAUCUUUUCUGUGCCUGUGAAAGCUCGCUUUCUUCCUUUCUUCCUUUCUUCCUCUCCUUCGUUUCAAAACGCGCGUCCACAAAGUGUACUUCGUAUGUAUCUUUUCUACAAGUGUGUAUGUGUGUGGUGUGGUUUUCUUUAUCUUUAAUACGAUUUACUCUCUUAUUUAUGUGCUUUGUCCGUUUACUUCUAUCCAGAAACACGUUUUUUCUCUUUCUUAACGCAAUCGAGAAGAGCUCGCUUCCUUCUCUCUGUUUUAUUUAGCAAACAAGAGGGGCUUCUCGCAGCUUCUCGCGACGAGAACGAACGUCGAUUCGCGAUAAAAUACGCACGGUAAUCGUCUACCGUGGCGACGUUAAUUUCGAAUCGUUUCGACGACGAGCAUCGACGGCGCGAAGGAAGCAUUCGUUUCCGCUCGAUCGGCUUCGCACGCUCGCGGCGCUCGUUCGUUCGCUCGUAUCUCCUUCUCCUCCGUUGAUUCGUCGCCAAUUUUGCUCUUCGCUUUGCUUCUCGUCUCGAAGCAAAUAUUACGAAGGCGAACAUUGCUAACAGACAGCAAUUGGGUGUGCGUAGUAUUGAGGACCGCAAGAUGCUUGCGAUGGCAGCCGAUUGCGAGAUCGCGCUUGUUUUUAUUUUGUUGGGAAUGGCUACGAAACUGAUUCUUAAACUGUAGCUAUGAUUCGUUCGAAAGAAAAUCUAGCUUUUAAUACGGAGCAACUAUGUGUCUGUGUGUAUGUGUGUGUCCGAUCAGGCAAUUUGGAAGACGCGUUCUUGAUGCGAGUCCCGGUUGGAACCCGGUCGAGGAGAAUGAACAACAAUGCGUGGUAUCAUGCAAGAAACUUAAAAGAUCAGAAAAAUAUGACAGUGUUUUUGCUUUUGCGUUUGCACGACGAUAGAACUGUUUUUUCUUUUUUCUCGCAUUCGGUUCGUCCUUACGGUCUUGGAUACAAUCACUACCCACAAUACAUUCAUUGUUGUACCGAUAGAUAUUAUUAUUAUUAUUAUUAUUAUUAUUAUUAUAAUUAUUAUUAUCAUUAUUAUAAUUAUACCCUAUGUACAAAUCGACAUCGCCGAUAUCGGCACAUUAUCAUUAAACUUAAGCGACAAACGUAAGAUUAAAGAGUUACUAGGGACCAGUCAUAAUUUGUCAUGCUAAUAGUUAUAGGUAGCAACACGCCCGUUUAUAAUCGUUUGCUAUCAUCAUUAUCAUUCAAUCACCAUUAUCAUCAUCAUUAUCAUUCUCGGUAAUGAUCGUCUGGAUCGUCGCCGUAGUUCGCAUCGAAUAAUACGCGUGCGCACACACACAUAUACACUGUGUCGCAGCCUUUUCUUUUCCCUCCGUCGACAGUUUUAAUUCGUGUGUGGAAUAUUCUCAGCCAUAUGCCCCGUGUUCGUUCGUUCGUUCGUUCGCUCGCCCUAAAGUUUAACUACGUACGUCUAAUCUUCGUUUUGAUCGUUUUCAAUUAACAUAAUUCGAGGUAAUUCAUGUUUGUCUCUCGCUGCUCAAAUUCGAACCCUUCGAAUUCAUCGUGAUUUUUGUUAAACCGUCGUUUCGUUUGUAGCUAUGAUACGUAUUCUUUGCGGGCUUUAGAACGAAAAGAAAAAGAAAAAGGAAGAAACGAAUCACCUCGAAGUUCUCCCCUUUCGUUCGAUUAUCGUGUCCGUCCACGAUUCAUACACACCACUACUACUUUUCGUUAAACCUCGCAUGCUUAGAAAAUACUUGAAAAAUGAGUCUAUUGGAAGGUGGCUGUUCGAUUCGGCUGGCUUUCACGUCACUGUACACAUUCUUCUCUUCGACAAAUGUCCGCUUCGACGAUUCUUCUUUGUUCCAAAUACGUCGUUCGUUUAUCUUGUUGUUGCUGCUGUUCAUCGUCUUCGUAAUUAUUCGCGCAGUGGCCGGACUAGAGCGAGCCCGCUACCCAUUUUCUUUGACUAAUAAUCGAAACGUUGCCCGUAUCAGCCUUCAGACUCCGACUAAAGUCUAACGUGUUUUACUGGCCAACUGUUUGAAGCGCUGUUCGUUGGUUCUUCUUCUCGUGGUCACUUCAUCUUUCGCUCGAGCCACGUACGUAUUCUCUAGCCCGUAUUAAAUCUAGAUCCUCGACUUCUCGUCGGUCUUUUUCCACACGCAGAACAUGUUCCUUUCCCAACGAUUCAAAAGAGAAAACAGACAGACAGACAAGCCAGCGUCGAGCGAAAAAGCUAUCAAACUAGAAAAAAAAAAAAA